UCUAAGACUGCGACCUCACACCCCUACUGAUCGCUGAGAACUCAGGAAGGGGGAGCAUCCCGCCAGCCUAGAGCGUUAUCUGCACAAUCUGAAUACCAAGGACGGGAGAAAGAGAAGUUUAGAGAACAGUGAAGAUCCCAGAAAGGAAGUUCAACUGACCUAGAAGAAAGGGCCCAGCUGAAACUGCCUUUCAAGCUCAGUCCGAUUCCCCACAAAUCUCCCUACAUCCAGCUAUAUCGCCCGGCAAAAUGAAACAAACACAAGGUAAGGCAAUACAAGGGCAGGAAUUAUGCAAAAUAAAAUGCGUAAUGAGGAUGUCUCUCCAUCAAAAAUACUCCAGGAUUUUCCUACACAAUCCCAUGUAACAAAACCAAAUGCAAACAACAAUAAACCCUUAAGAAGCCCAUGAACAACGCAGACUGAGCCCAUCUCGCCCCACCUCACGCCGCACCCCGGUACCCUGGCUAAGGAAAAUGUGACCCCCGCCCAUGAGAAGCCUUCCGGCGUCCGGCCAAGGUCCAGCAGCCGCCGGAGUUGAGUUUGCCCGACUCUUACCCAGGUCCAGAGAUCUUGAGAAUCGCAGCGCAACCUUUUCUCCCCGGUCUUCACCCAAAGCCAGCCAAGACACAAAAUCUGUUCCAAUCAACGCGGUUAGCGUCCAAGCAGCGUCCCAGAAGAAAGCGAUCUUUGGGAGUCUUCUUUCAGGCGUAAAGGUGGAGAAGCGGGAAAGAGGAACGUCUCAACGCGUUCCCAGUCGCCCAGUUUUGCGCACCGGGAAAGUACUUGCUGCAAACUUGAACAAGGUUUUCUCUGUCUGGCCCGAGAUGCUGGAGGGGGUGGGGGCGGGUAACCCGAGCCGGGGCCGGGAUUCGAGCAGUUGCCGCUGCUGCAGCUGCUGCUGCCGGGGCAGUGGCCGCUGGGGGGUUGUAGCUUGGCGCCGCGCGCAGUCCCAAGCGCAACAUGCAGGAUCUUCCCGGCCUGACUGCUGCACCUCGAUCGUGAGUCGCCCCUGCCUGAGCGGCUUCCACCGCCUGUGGAAGAAUUCGUUUUUCCAGCAUGAACAGCCAAAAUGUGAACAGUGGCUUAUUAGUGACCCCCUCAUUUACUACCACCUCUAGCAUUUCCAACUAAAACUCCUGAGCUUCAUCGAUAUAGGGGCUGACAGAAUGAUGUGAACUGCUGCAUCAUUUUGCAUGAAGUCAUAUUGAUUGUGAAAGGAAACAGAAGCCAAGUGACUUAACCAAUUUUUCAAGGAGCAUUAUGACAAUAAUGUUUCCAUAUUGUCAGAGGGGAUCACAUCAAUUUAAGAACUAAAAUUCAGCUUCAGGAGACAAUCACCUGUCCUUUUGAAGAUAAGUACAAAGGAAUUCUAUGAAGAUAAAAAUUCUAAAUAAUGUUAGUGAAAAAAUAGUUUAAAAUGUAUGAAAUUAUGUGUCGAUAUCAAGCACCUUCUAUGGAUACAAUGAUGAGCAAAACAGAGACAUCAGAGAGCUUUCAACCUAGAGAAAGGCAUUAGCCAAUCACAGAGAAUUAUAAUUCCAACUAGGAUGUUACCAGAGAAAUGGACCUGCUACCAGGCCCAUGCUGGGGCUUCAUGCUAAGCAAAUAGACCAGGGAAGGAUUUCAUAAAGAAGUGAUAUUGAACUGAUAUUUAAAGAAUGAAUAAGCCCUGACUUGAUAAAGAGGGAAAACAGCAUUCUGGUCUGAGGGACAAGCCUCUACAUAGGUGUAGAGAAGACUGGGGCAAGAAUAAGAGACCUAAAACUGCCCUGAGGCCAGAACCCAGGGAAAGGAGCCCGUGAGUGAGGAGUUUCCUCCUAAAAUACUCGAUAGACUUUGAAUGGUUUCAGGCAGGGCUUGUGUGAUCAGUUUUGCAUUUUAAAAAACAUCACCUUGGCUUCAGGCUGGAUAAUAAAUGGGGGAUGGGGUCAGGGUCCAGGCAAGGGAAAAUAGUAGCUGGGUCUGGGUAGAAGUAGGGGUGAGGGUAAGACACAGGUAGAGAAGUCAUCUGUCAUGGCAGCUUAUCCUCAUCAAACAUUUAUUGAGAGUCAGCAGCAGGAAAUCUGACUAAAUCAUUCCUUUUUAAAAACUCUUUAUUGGGCAAAAAUCUCAAACACCUCAAAGAGUAGACAGAAUAAUCUAAUGAACCCCUAUAUGCUCAACCCUAAGCGCCAACAACAAUCAAUGCUGGCCUAAUCUUGCCUGAUCUAUAUUCCCAAUCUUUCUCUACUCCCAGAUAUAUUUUUAAAUUAUGAACAUUUCAAACCUUCAGAAAAGUCAUGAGAGUACUACAACAAUCAUCCAUUUAACAUUCAUUUAGAUCCACUGUUAACAUUUUGUUAACUUUAUAUAAAGUAUAUACAUG